AUGGCCACAGGAUGUGGAGAAGAAACAAUAGCACAGCGUAUAUUACGAAUUUCAGAUAUUGCUCAGGAACCGCUUGAGUUUAUCGCACCCAUUGGUGGCUAUGAAGAAAUGCCACUUGUUUCACUUGAAAUAGCUGUUGAACCGCUUGUUCCUAUUCUACCAGCUGUUCAAAGUCAAGCAUAUGUCGCCAAACAACGCUAUCUAAGUCAUCGUUACAUCAGAGGACAAACAAUCGUCUGGUGGGGUUUCUCGUCUUGUACAACAGCUGUUGGUGUCCUACAAUCGGAACUAUUUUUGGGAAUGACGAGUACAAGAACAAUGUUUACCUUACAAUGUCAAUCAGCUAGAGAUAUCCGUAAGCAUUCGUAUUAUCCAGGUGAAGACGAAGUACUUCUUAUGGCUGCAACUCAAUUCAAAGUAGUCAGUUGUCUUAAUCAAGGUAAUCUCCACAUUAUCCAAUUGGAAGAAACUAGCCCACCAUUUCCACUCUUACAACCAGUAACAGUUGUUGUUUCACCACCAAUCAAUCCAACUCUCCCAAGUAAGUAA